UCUGCAAAUAUAGCGACCAUCGGGUCCUCGGCUGCUGCUACGCGAUAUUCGCCAGGAUUGGCACGAAGGCGUAUGCACCACCCGCUUACCGUGACACAUGCCAUGGCCCAGUCCGUCCGUCAGUGGAAUUCGAGCUUGGAAGAAAGGAGGUGGAUGCCAAGAUGGGAAAGGCCCGAAGGUCAAAGCUUCCACCGCACGGCCCGUAGACUCUUCGUUGCGAACACGCGUAGAUCUACACUCGCUGUUCCGUUCACCUGCAGCAUGCACCCCGUGGCCUUGGUGCCUGGUGGUAUCGGGGCGAGUAACCAGCGUCACCCCGAAUGUUGCCAACCUCAGCUCAGGGGAGCUCAGUGAAGCUCGAGAUGCUGCGAGUCGAUCUACCCGUGAAACUAACACGCCAGACUUGGGUAACGUGUUGGCUGACAAUGGAGAAAUCCUACACGCGCCACGGGCUUAGCGGGCAGCGGCACCACGGCAGUACACGGCCUCAGAGUUCCUUCUUGCAAGAUCUGCGAGAAACGGCGAAAGCGGGCGGCCUACCUCACGUUUAAAACUGAGUUUGCUGGUAGUGGUCGGCAGAAGAAUCGGAUCAGACCCAGAGCCAGGAUCUCAGGAGGUGCGCUGAGAACGCGGAGCCAUGCAGCAGUCAGCACUUGUGCCGAACCGGUAACGAGAUACUGAAGACCUCAUGUCCUUUACGAGUGCCACCUAGUGCCGUCGUCGGUCAGAAGUCCGUAACGAGCGGUUGAUGGGUUGGAAGUGGGGUCACGAAACUGAGUUUGCACCUUUUUGACGCCCUCCUGUUGGUGUUGGGUUCCACGCGGUUCGAUCAGAAUUAUCUAGUUCUACCGACUGUUAUCGUCACGUCGAGUAUGGCAACAACACAACACAGACAGUUCACCUGUCAAUACUCGUCGAUCUCAGCAGCUUGCUGCAGUUCCGCAGCUAACGCGCCAGUUUCGAAGUGGCGAUGGUCUUUCGUCUUUCUAACCGCUGUUCUUCUGUCCGUCACUGUGACGCCAGCAAAGUGUUCUGCGCACGAGCAACGACAACGUCGCGCCGCCUCAACCUCAAGCAGCACGAGGGAAAGGCAGACCAAGAGCGACAGCAACUUCAAGCAUUUCGCCGCCAAGAUCGUUCGCAAGCCAUACAACUUCACCGAGGACGUUGUCGUGAAGGGGAUAUCUGUGCAUGACGACAUCUACAACGAAGUAGUGUUUCUACGGCACAUUCUGAACUUUGUCGUACUGCCGGGAGAUGGCAGCGACACGCGGCCAGCAAGGACAUGCCGUGAUCUGAUGAUCGCACACCCGGGAUUCCUGGAUGGGUUUUACUACGUUGAUCCAAACGGAGGCUCAACGGCCGACAAGAUACAGGUUUACUGCAACUUCACAGGUGGAGGUUGGACAGUUCUGGAGCCAUCCGUGCGCCGCUCGCGCAUGGCAGCAUUGUCUCAGCGAGGUGUCAAGGGCUAUGACAAUUACACCUGGUACUCCACCAUGGAUAGGCAUUUCAAAGUUGACUACCCAUCGGAGAGCCAGUUGAGACUACUCCGGGCACAGAGCACACUGAGCCGGCAGCUGCUGACGUUCCGCUGCGCACGGCGGUCCGUGUUCCCGCGCACCCAGGUGUCGUCGGGCCAGGCACCCGAAGCGGUGCACCUGCGUGGCAAUGACCACUCCAUCAUUAGCACCUCGGGCGAUCGGCACGUGGAAGUGGAUGCUCGCCGGAAUGACUGCGAUGAACGAGUUGCUAAGGGUCGCACCGUACUGCAGCUGUCGGCCUAUGGCGCCGCCAUGGCACGCUUGCCUGUCCACGACUUUGCGCUGCACGACUUCAAGCCCUACAUACACAUGGCCGUCAUCAACAAGGCAACCCUGAUGUUCCUCUAAUCCCCCGGCCCGGUCUGGCUUGACUGGGCCAGGAGCAACCGUGGACUGCAGCAUAGUGUUGUGCUGCCGCCGUGAAUCAAUACCCCCCCCCCCCCCCCGCCCCGUGGCUGGACCGACUUGGAUCACACGCACGGGUGAACAUUGGCUUUCUAGGCACCAAUAUCAGCAAGGGUGGAAUCCUACACUGAACUGUACAAAUGGUCUUGAAGAUUAUGCUUUCGAUGUGCACAUACUUGUAGGAGACUAUUUUGAUAAUUUUAUAAUACAUGACAAUGUAGUAAUGUAGAGGGCACUGCUGGAAAAAGUACUUGGCAUCAAAAUGGCCUACUUUUGGUAUUAUACCAUACACGUUUUCACUCCCUCCCCACUCCGUUAUCAACCGAGCCAUCUGCCUCACAUUUAUUUAAUACCCACCCGAAUGUUGAGACAAGCCAAUCAGCUGUAUUGUCAAGAUUAGGAAAUAUACUAGCUCCAUACUCUAUGAACAAGAUGUCGCGACAUCGACGGUAAUUUGUGAAGAAGGUGGCUGUUCCAAACAUUGGAGCCAUCUUCUCCAUAACAUUUUUUAUUUUUACAAUCGGGCCACUGGCAGUGUAUACAUGGAAUUGCAACGAAUAGCUGACGUGUCUUAUGGACAUCUGCAAGCUGUG